UCUAACAAUAAUUAGAUGAUCCAUUGCCUAGGCGACUAUUCUACUUUUUAGGCAUGUAAACCUAAAUGCUUGGUUGUAUUUUAUCUAUAGAAGAGGAGCGCAUUGCCUGUGUCCCCUGGAGAGGGUAAACGGGUUCCAAGGAGCCAUUGUGUGUGACGUAACUAGCUCGCUAACAACCUGGCAGUUCGACUCCGGCGGCGGACUGUAAAAGUGCGAUAAUGACCGACAGUGACCUCGACCAAACCGUGUUUUAGCGGAUAGGUCUUCACACUUUUUAAUCAACAGAAUAAAAGUUAUCGGUACCAAGAGCGGAUAAAUAUUUUCUACCAUUUAAGAGCAAUUUCAUAUGAAACACAUUUUUGUUUUGUAUUGAGCGUGCGCGCAGCGUUGCAUUUUAUUGCAUGAGCUAAUGUCGGCUAUAGUGAUAGCAGCUCGUUUCCUUUAGCUUGGUACCAUCUUAUAUCAUACGUAGCUAGUUAGCUGCAACAAUGGAUACAGGCAAAUCAAUUAUCGAGAAAAAAGGGUCGGGAUCGUGUUAUGCCAAUGGACUGCAAAGAGGGUUUCAUCCUCAGGCUAGCAACGGUGGAUGCAAUGCAUUCAAUUCAAGUGGAAACUGUAGUGGCGGUACAAGCAACGUUGAACACUUCCAUUAUCUGCAUACCGAUGACGUCGAAGCCAAUGGGUCCUCCCCUGCGAAAAGAUGCAGGUUACGAAGAAGAGUUGAAUCACUGAAGCGGAACAGACCGCCCUUCCCCUGGUUCGGGAUGGACAUCGGCGGUACUCUGGUGAAGCUGGUCUACUUCGAGCCUAAGGACAUCACGGCGGAGGAGGAACAGGAAGAGGUGGAAAACCUGAAGAGCAUCCGCCGCUACUUGACCUCCAAUACGGCGUACGGGAAAACGGGCGUCCGAGACGUUCACCUGGAACUGAAGAACCUGACCAUGUGCGGCCGGACGGGCAACCUGCAUUUCAUCCGCUUCCCCACGCAGGCCAUGCAUCGCUUCAUCCAGAUGGGCAGCGACAAGAACUUCUCCAGCCUCCACACCACGCUCUGCGCUACUGGUGGAGGGGCCUACAAGUUUGAGAACGACUUCAGAACGAUGGCUGAUUUAGAGCUGUUGAAGCUGGAUGAGCUUGACUGUCUGAUUCAUGGCCUGCUCUAUGUGGACUCCGUGAGCUUCAACGGCCACCCUCAGUGUUACUACUUGGAGAACCCAUCAGACACCCAGAACAGUGUGAAGACUCCGUGCAGUCUGGCCGACCCGUUCCCUAUGCUGCUGGUCAACAUUGGAUCUGGGGUUAGCAUCCUGGCUGUGUACUCCAAAGACGACUACAAACGGGUCACCGGUACCAGUCUUGGUGGGGGUACGUUCCUGGGCCUGUGCUGCUUGCUGACGGGGUGUGAGACGUUUGAAGAGGCGCUGGAUAUGGCUAGCAGAGGGGACAGCAGCAAUGUGGACAAGCUGGUGAAGGAUAUCUACGGAGGAGACUAUGAGCGUUUCAGCCUCCAGGGAUCUGCUGUGGCCUCCAGAAAUGCAGGGGUAUUUUCUAAUGAAGCACCGAAGAGCUCUGAGGAAGAAAGCUUUGGCCACAUGAUGAGCAAAGAGAAACGAGACUCCAUUAGCAAAGAGGACCUGGCCCGGGCUAUGCUGGUUACCAUCACCAAUAACAUAGGCUCCAUCGCACGCAUGUGUGCCGUCAACGAGAAAAUCGAGAGAGUUGUGUUUGUUGGGAAUUUCUUACGGAUCAACACCGUGUCUACUAAGCUGCUGGCCUACGCCAUGGACUUCUGGUCCAAGGGACAACUGAAGGCCCUGUUCCUAGAACACGAGGGCUAUUUUGGAGCGGUUGGGGCAUUACUGGAGCUGUUAAAGUCGUCUGAGGAGCCAUGAAGACAUGCCCAUGUCGUCUGUAUAGAAGCUGCUGAAAGGUUUUCACGGAAGCCAAGAAACUGGGAAAAACUGGGAACAGCCAUUUAAUAAUCAAACUGUAAAUAUCCUUUCACUCCCUUCCCUAAAAUCCCCUCAAAUAGAGGUUUUAAUAUGACUAAUGUCCCAUGUCAUGAACCCUGGGUGGCAGGUAAAUGCUAAGGAGCACAGAAACGGUGUUUGUUUUUGACACUGUGUUUAAAUGCCUAUUUGUGUAGUAGUUCUAGGGUGCACUAAAGCCUAAACCUGCUGAGAUUUGACUUGUGUUGUCAGUCCAGUUAUGUCUGAGGUAUAGAGGAAAAUGUGCUUAUGUGCUGUCCAGCAAUGUAAAAAACAAAAACAAAUGUCGGGGUAGGGGGGGGGGGUUAGUUUCAUUCGUAUCAAAUGAAGGGACCAAGAUGCUGUUUCAUCGUCAUGGGCUGGCCCUUUAAUUCAGUGUGUCACACCAAGGGUCCACUCUCCGUUCGCCUGUGGCACACCCAUCAUCACAGCUUUAUUAUCAGAGCACGGUUACCAGCGAUGGGGAUGUUAAAAAAAAUAUAAAAAAAACAUUGGUUCAGCAACUUCCUCAAACUCUCUUUUUAGUGAUGGAGUUCUGUGAUCUGCUAGUAUGUCAGUCACUUUUGAAAGAUAUGCCAUGAUCUUGGUACGUUGGUUGUUUUUCGAAGAUGCUGCACUACAGAGAUGAAUUAUGAGUCUGCCUUUCCUCACUAAGAAAGUGCCUCAUCCUCUCCUAUACCAGGCCCGUGACGACACCCACUCUACAGACAGUCUGUAGAAUUGCCUUGUGUUUGAUUUGCCUAGUAAGGACUUGUUGGUGUUUGUAUCUGCUGUAGUUGUAAGAAAGGGACAUAACUACUGCCAGCAGUUAGUCUAUAUAGGGAUUUAAGAGAUUUGUCUUCCUGUGUCUGUGGGAGUUCCUCACCCAGUGCAAAGGGUCCAUUACCUGCAGUUUGGACAGGAAGUCUCUCCAUUUGGCCCCCAAAGUAAUUCUCAUAGCUGCUAUUUGUUUUCUUGUUCUAGUCAUCAGUUAAAACUAUUCAAUGUGAAUGUGCUUGUAACUAAAAGAUUGAAGGACCACCACAAGACAUGUAUUAUCGGUUGGUCUAGGUAUUUCAAACGGCAGCAUUAACAGUGUUGGCCGGGGUAGGCCGUCAUUGUAAAUAAGAAUUUGUUCUUAACUGACUUGCCAAGUUAAAUAAAGGUAAAAUAAAAAUUAACUGAGCGCCAAGUAUUCAAAAGAAACAUAUAUAAAUGUAUUUCAUCCAUCAACUUCUUCUAAAUUGCUUUGUUAGAAUAAUACUGUUGCAUCCAAUGUCUCAACCUUUGGCAUUAUGACGUCACACAAUGUUCUGUCGUUCCUUUUCGUUCCUUCGCUCCAUGUUGGUUAGUGGCUUCAUCCUGUCAGGUGCCACUCUUGUUAAACCGGGUAGCAGUUCACUUACUGGCUACUCUGUGCCAUCCUCUUCUCAACUCAACCCUAUGUGUUGCCUUUUGUGUUGUUUUUAGUGGAAAUAAACUGAACAAAAAUAUAUAAAACGCUACAUCCAAGCUGUAUCACAAUUGGCCCAGCGUUUUCUGGGUUUGGCCCGGUGUAGGCCGUCAUUGUAUGUAAGAAUUUGUCCAUAACUGACUUGCCUAGUUAAAUAAAGGUUGAAUAAAAAAUAUAUAUAUAAUAAUUAGUGUUGCGCUAAUUUAAUUUACUUCAUGAGCUGAAAUAAAAUAUCCUAGAAAUUUUCCGUACUCACAAAAUAAUUAUUUCUCUCAUAUUUUGUGAACAAAUUUGUUUACAUCCCUGUUAGUGAGCAUUUCUCCUUUUGCCAAGAGAAUCCAUCCACCUGACAGGUGUGGCAUCUCGAGAAGCUGAUCAAACACCAUGAUCAUUACACAGGUGCACCUUGUGCUGGGGACAAUAAACUGCCACUCUAAAAUGUGCAGUUUUGUCGCACAACACAAUGCCACAGAUGUCUCAAGUUUUGAGGGAGCUGGCAAUUGGUAUGCUGACUGUAAGACUGUCCACCAGAGCGGUUUCCAGAUAAUUGAAGGUUAAUUUCUCUACCAUAAGCUGCCUCCAACGUCGUUGUAGAGAAUUUGGCAGUACGUCCGACUGGCUUCUCAACCACAGACCACGUGUAUGACGUUGUGUGGGCAAUGAGUUUGCUGAUGUGAACGGAGUGCCCCAUAGUGGCGGUGGAGUUAUGGCAUAAGCUACAGACAACGAAUACAUUUUCAUUUUUAUCAAUUAAAAUUUGAAUGCACAGAGAUACCGUGACGAGAUCCUGAAGCCCAUUGUCGUGCCAUUCAUCCGCCACCAUCACCUCAUGUUUCAGCAUAAUGCACGUCCCCAUGUCACAAGGAUCUGUACACAAUUCCUGGAAGCUGAAUAUGUCCCAGUUCUUCCAUGGCCUCCAUACUCACCAGACAUGUCACCCAUUGAUCAUGUUUGGGAUGCCCUGGAUCGACGUAUGACAGUGUGUUCCAGUACCCGGCAAUAUCCAACAACUUUUCACAACAUUCGGUGAUCACACCAGGUUUUCUGAUCCAUGCCCUACUUUUAUUUUAAAGACCCAACAGAUUCAAAUCUGUAUUUCCAGUCAUUGUGAAAUCCAUAGAUUAGGGCCUAAUGAUUUUAUUUCAAUUGACUGAUUUUCCUUAUAUGAACUGUAGCUCAGUAAAGUGGUAAAAAUGUGUUUUGCGUUUUAUAUCUUUGUUCAGUGUACAUGUGUGUGCCAUACAUUUUCUUCAUUUGUUUAGUUUGUUGGUGUUUUCAUAUAAAGUGCUUACGCAUCGGUGUGGCUGUUUGUGAAGGCUCCAGUUAGGCCUAUUGUAAAAUCAGAGCGCCACUGCAGCCAGCUGCCACAUGGCGUUCAGCCAGGUCAGUACAUUUCAUCAGCAUGGCUAUUCUGACUCAUUUUAUUUAUUUUUUUCACAAAAAAAUCACAACAAUCCAAUAUUUUUUUUUUGUUUGUCGAUUUAUUUUUUUAAACAUUUGAUUUUUGUGCUUGUAUGUAUUUGUUGUUCUAUAGCCAGUCUGCUCUGAGUUAUUCCAACUACGCCCUGUUCCUAAACUUUUGCAUGUGUGUUCUUAUGAUUGGAUUAGACCUUACAUUAAUUAGCCCCUGGUACUAGUCUGGAUCAAUGGCUAAACCUUGGAUUACCAUUUCGUUAUUUAUUACCCCCAAUAACUUUUAAAAAUACAUUUGAAAAGCAUUUCCCAAUUGUACAUGUGGGUAUCACAACUACUGAUAAGAUGAAAUGAUGAAACUCCUUAAGUCUCUAAACCAAGGGUGUCAAACUCAUUCCACGGAGGGCCUAGUGUCUUCUGGUUUUUCCUUUUAAACUAAGACCUAGACAACCCAGGUGAGGGGAGUUCAUUUCUAAUUAGUGACCUUAAUUCUUCAUCAAUCAAGUACGAGGGAGGAGGGGAAAACCCAGCAGACGCUCGGCCCGCCGUGGAAUGAGUUUGACACGUGCUCUAAACAAUGUCCUUGGAAAGAUGUCAGUGACUGAAGUCCCUGUGCUGUGAGAAGGCAGUAUUAGGAAAUGACGUUUCUCUUUGCUUCCAAAGCUCUCAUUUCCUGGCCAGUGAAAUUGUUGAGUCUAGUUUAAAUAUAAAGUUUUUUUUUUCUUUUUCAGUGGUAUGUGGUCAUAUGUUAUAUCCAGGUAUUAGUCACACCCGAAGACCACCUACAAGUCUAGCAUUGAAGCAUUGUGACUACGUGACGGCCCUUCAAGUCAGUGUUUUAGUACGUUAAGUCUGGCUCAAUUACGAAGCUCCUCUUCCUCAGUGUUUACACACUGUGUUUGCGUAUCAUGAAUUUGAGCCAUCAAAACUGUGUUACGUAAAGACCUCCUGUUUGUACAGUAUUGUGUACAGAGAUAUUGCUUGCCACAGCACAAGGACAGCUAUUACUUCAUGCACCCACUUUAAGCCCAUACUAAAGCGCGAUUGAGUGAUUUGGUAUUAAAGCAGAAGUCUUAGUUUUCCCUUACCCUCUCAUUACAGUGUCAAUGAACAGGAGUCUGAUCUCUGAUAACAGAGAACAUGCUAUGCAGUAGCUUCGGUGUUGAUCUCUUCGGUAUAAUGUCCUAGCAAUGCUGCAAACUCUGCCAAUAACCCAAAAUGAGUAAGUGGUUGUUCAAAGCUGUUUUGUAUUGUUAAGAAUUAUGCAACAACAUCUGCUCUGAGAAUCUGGUUUUUAUCUUGAGUGAGAUUCUUCCGCUCGAGUCCUGAAUUUGACAUAAAACAAUACUUUUAUUCUGGAAGGUUUUAGAGGAUGGACCUUCUAUCAUCGAUCUGAAUGUACACGGAGACCUAUAAAUAUAUCCACCAGCAAUCUCUGCUAACGAAAUGUCUAACCUGAUGGUUAUUUGCGGUGUGUAAGGCUGCGUUUAUACAGGCAGCCCAAUUCUGAUGGCAAAAGAGCUGAUCUGAUUGGUCAAAAGACCAAUUUUAGUGGAAAAUGAUCAGAAUUGGGCUGCCUGUGUAAAUGCAGGCUUAGUGCUUAACUCUCUUGCUUAAGAAAAAUGACAAGAAAAGGAACACAAAAUAUUCUGUGUGCAAUGUGGGCGUACUGAAAUUGACAUUUUGUUUCUGAAAGGAAUAAAAUUGUACAGCUAUA